AUGGCACCUCAACGUCCUCUUCUUUUACCUUCAACAUCACAUGCAACUAUCAAUACUGAAUCUGCCAUGCAUGAUCUUAUCAGCCGUACGAAUAAUAUGACUUUUGCUGAGCCACGCUUGAGUUUACAUCGAACUCCUGCUCAUAUUCCUACUAUUCAGCGUCUUGUGUUGGUUGGUAAAUUUUUACUUAAAGCUCAUCGUUUCACAGCAUCUGCAGUUCGUUAUCAUGUUGAUACUUCUUGGAAUAUCCCGAGUGUUGUUGAGAUUGAUAGUGCGGCUAAUGGUUUAUUUACUUUUCGCUUUCACUCUGAGGAAGCUUAUCAUAUGGUUCUUAAUGAACAACCUUGGCAGAUUCUUAAUCAGCUCAUUAUCCUUAAGGAAUGGCCAUUGCAUGUCCCUAUUAAGCAUACUCAAUUCUCUACUACUGCUUUCUGGGUUCAGGUACGGGGUCCAUCACCUGAUCAGCUUAAUGCAACGGCGGCUGCGGAGAUCGGAGCAAUCUUCUCAAAGUUUCUAGCGGUGGACUUUGAUGAUGCAGCUCCUUUGUGGAGAUAG